AUGGGAGAUAAGAAGACAUCUAUUCCAGAGAAGUUGUUACAGAUUUACAUUAUAUUCUGUGCCAUCGCAUUAAUAUGCCUGACGAUUCCAUUUUGGAUAUACAUGAAGUAUGCUGCUGAUGAUAGUGCAUGGGUUGCAUUCGCAAUCUACAUCAUAUCGGCCAUCAUCUUGAUCAUCUUGGCCAUCAUCGGUAUAUUUGGAUCAAUCAAGAAGAACCAAACUUUGUUGCUCUAUUUCGCUUUGGUCAACAUUGUAAUGUUGGCAUUUGGUAUUGCACAACUGAUUGUCACUGCACAGAACCUUAAGAACUGCUCCAAUGAUGGAAGCAACAACUUUAGCUUCCUCUGUUCAAAAAAUACCUCUGGUUACUAUGUACCAGUGGCUCUCCUUCUCUUUAUCAAUUUGACUGGCGCUAUUGCAUCAUUGAUUCUCAGAUGGCAGCAGGAUAAGGACACCCCAGGCAACUACUACUAA